CACGUUCUGACGGCAUGAAGUCAUUGUCAGCAGAAACGACGUCUGGAGAAUCGAGAUACGGUCUCAUUGGGAACAUGUUGCAUAAACUGACUGACCCAUCCUGCAUAAACCCUGCAAUUGUGAUACGAUGCAAUUAAUCGAAAAAAAAACGUUCAGGUGUUGCAGGAGGUUGAACGUUGAACUUCAAACCGGAACUCGAAGAAAGGUGUCACAAUGUCCACUGGCUCAGACCUUUACCGCCAGCUCCAUUCAAUCCAUCAACGCCCCCUCAUACACAAAACCCUAGACGAGCACUUCCUCACAGCUGCUUCGCAGUAUUAUUCUCCACCAUCGCAAUACUUCCCCUUCAGCCAGACGGGGCUGACGCCUCACACACUCCGUCGUUCGAACGUGGGGCAGAGAUUCAAAACCAGUUCUUGGUAUCCCACUUGAUGUUGGGAUGUACAAAUGCGGUGUAAAGUGUGUGCAUUGGCACCAAUCUCGCACAUUCGUUUCUGGAUUGCGACAUAAGCCUGAUCUAGGCUCUCUGACGUGACCGCGACAGGGUCAGGGACCUACCACAAUG